CGGUACUCUCUCCCCUUCUACAAAUCCUAUAUAUAUAUUUCAGUUCACUCUUCACAUCUCUCUCCAGUAUUCCCAUCCCUCUGCAACUAUCAAACCGAGAGAGAGAGAGAGAGAGAGAGAGAGAGAGAUGGGUAAAGUGGGGAGAAUGAAGCUAGGUUCACAAGGUCUAGAGGUUUCUGCACAGGGACUGGGCUGUAUGGGCAUGUCGGCCUUUUACGGCCCACCAAAGCCCGACGAAGAUAUGAUCAAACUCAUCCACCACGCCGUCGACUCCGGCGUCACUCUCUUCGACACCUCCGACAUCUACGGCCCACACACCAACGAAAUCCUCCUUGGCAAGGCAUUGAAGGGCGAGAUUAGAGAGAAAGUUGAACUGGCGACCAAGUUCGGUUUCACUGCCGAUGGAAAGAUGGAGGUGCACGGUGAUCCGGCCUUCGUAAGGGCUGCUUGUGAAGCUAGUCUGAAGCGGCUUGAUAUUGAUUGCAUUGAUCUUUAUUAUCAGCAUCGGAUUGACACUCGUGUCCCCAUUGAAAUCACGAUGGGAGAACUGAGGAAACUGGUUGAAGAGGGGAAAAUAAAGUAUGUUGGUCUAUCUGAGGUCUCUCCUGCAACAAUCAGAAGGGCUCAUGCUGUUCACCCGAUCACAGCAGUACAGUUGGAAUGGUCCUUGUGGUCAAGAGAUGUGGAGGAAGAAAUAGUUCCUACUUGCCGAGAACUUGGCAUUGGGAUUGUCGCGUACAGUCCGUUGGGAAGAGGAUUCUUUUCAUCAGGUCCGAAGAUAGUUGACAGUAUUCCAAAUGAUGACUUCCGGAAGUAUCUACCGAGGUUCCAACCUGAGAAUCUGGAGCAUAACAAGACCAUGUUUGAACGGGUUAAUGAAUUGGCAGCGAAGAAAGGGUGCACCCCCGGCCAACUAGCGCUAGCAUGGGUUCAUCACCAAGGGAACGACGUGUGUCCCAUCCCCGGCACCACCAAGAUGGAAAACUUCAAUCAGAACAUCAGAGCGUUGUCAGUGAAACUAAGCCCUGAAGAAAUGGCUGAGCUCGAGUCCAUUGCCUCCGCCGAUGCAGUUAAGGGUGAUCGAUAUGGGGGCAUGGUCUCUACUUGGACGGAUUCAGACACCCCGCCCUUAUCCUCAUGGAAAUCCGAAUAAAUACGCAAUAGCUGCAUCAUAAAUCUCAACGGCGUGGAACCCACGGAAUACAUGUUAUUGGAAUGUUGGAGAUUGUUUUGAUCCAACAGUUAUGUUUCGUUUUCGUCCUUCUGAAUAAAUGUUUAGUUGUUUCAUCUGAAGUUGUAAGAACCUUGUUUUGUUUAUGUCCUUCUGCAAUGUUUGUUUGGAAUUUGUGUUUGUUUUAUAUGGAAAACUGUUGUUUUUGGGGUGUUCUGAAGAUAAAAUGGGAAUCGCAAUUUUCGU